AAAAGAAAAAGGGGAAACCACUUGCUUGGUUCUUGCUUUGGUGUGCCCUUUUUCCUUCCUUUACCAAAAAUACAAAAAUCCUCUUUCAUUCUUCUUCUUGCCCUGUGAACCUCUCUAAAUACACAUUACUCGCAACAAAUACCUCAUCAACGGCCAACAAGAAAGAAAAUCUUUUGUAUUUUUUGAUCUUCUUGCGACUUUCAAUCUCCAAAAAUAUAAAAACAAGAAUCCCAUCGGAGGAGAGUCAGUCAUGAGACCGAUUCAACCACCGCCACCGUCACCAGGCACAGCAACGGCAACGGCCACAGCAACGGCAACAGCAACAACAACAGCAACAGCAACGGCGACAGGCAAUCGGAACCGGUCACGAAGGCGACCAGACCUAACCCUACCUCUCCCGCAACGAGACCCGAAACUAGCAGUUCCUCUUCCUUUACCACCAUCGUCAGCGCCAUCAACGAGUGAUUAUAACAACAACAACAGCAAUAAUCAUAAUCAUAAUCAUAAUCAUAAUAACGGCAGUAAUCAACAGCAACAUCAAAGGCAAUUGUUCUCAGAGCUCGAGCGCAUCAGGAUAAUAGGAAGGGGAAGCGGUGGUACUGUCUUCAAAGCAAUCCAUCAUUCUUCUGGUAAACUCUUUGCUCUCAAAGUUAUUUACGGUUAUCACGAGGACUCUGUUAGGAUUCAGAUCUGCCGCGAGAUCGAGAUCCUUCGCGGAGUUAAUCAUCCUAAUGUUGUCAAAUGUCAUGAUUUUCAUGAACAUGGUGGUGAGAUCCAACUCUUGCUUGAAUUUAUGGAUGGUGGCUCUUUGGAAGGCACCCAUAUUGGCCAUGAACCUCAGUUGGCUGAUGUUGCUAGGCAAAUCUUGAAUGGUAUUGCUUACUUACAUCGCAGAAAGAUUGUCCACAGGGAUAUCAAACCCUCCAAUUUUUUAAUCGAUUCUAGAAAGAAUGUCAAGAUUGCUGAUUUUGGUGUCAGUAGGGUUCUUGCCCAGACAAUGGAUCCAUGUAACUCAUCAGUUGGGACAAUUGCUUAUAUGAGUCCAGAAAGGAUUAAUACUGAUUUGAAUCAUGGAAAGUAUGAUGGCUGUGCAGGUGAUAUUUGGAGUUUAGGGGUUAGUAUGUUGGAAUUUUAUUUGGGUAGGUUCCCAUUUGCUGUUGGAAGACAAGGUGAUUGGGCUAGUUUGAUGUGUGCUAUUUCUAUGUCACAACCACCUGAGGCACCACCUACUGCUUCGAGGGAGUUUCGGAAUUUUAUAGCUUGUUGUCUGCAGAGAGAACCGGCUCGGAGGUUGUCAGCUGUUCAAUUGCUAGACCAUCCUUUUAUAGCAAGGAAUACUGCUGCUCAAAGAGAGGGUAAUCAGAAUCUUCAUCAACUAUUGCCUCCCCCUCGCCCUCUUUCUUCUUAGUCUUUUUCAAUUGUUAUAUUUUGCGCGAAUUAUCUCUCCAUGAAAUCAUUUUGCUUUUUCUUUUCUUGUUGCUAUUGCUAUGAUCGUUGUUAUUAGUCUUUCAUUAAUCUCUCUGUAAUUUUUUAUAUGAUGGGUCGGAUUUGAUUUUUAGGAGCAAAUGUCAUAUUAUAAUCAAAUCAAUCUGUCCAUUUCAUAACUCUUUUACCUGGAACAAAGAAAAUGAAAAACCUGUCUUCAGUU